CCGGAGUCGCGCUAUUCAGCGCGCCAGCUCAUGAUGGUGUAGUUGAAUACCCCGUACGGUGCUGCACUCUCUCGGGACACACUGGCACUGCAUCGGCCAGGCAUUUUAAGAGCAGUAAACAAGCACAAAUAAUAAAAAGAACGACUAAAGAGCAGAAACUGCAUGCGAUAUAGUUUUUCAUCAUUUGCUUCCAUCUACCUUCUAAUUCUCCUAUUCUUGCUAUAUUCACGUGAAGGUUUGUUACUCACAGUCCAACUCUCCCAGCGGUUGACAAAUGCCUUCCGAUCCGAUACAAGAAUUGGUUUGGUUGGUUUGGUACGUACAAAGCUUGGCGGAGUAGCAAAGAAACCAUUCGACAUCCAUCAGGUGCUGCCGCCCUUCGAGUCAACGGCCAUCGGUGGAACUAGCAGCCGAACACAAACCGGACCCGAGCACGGCCGAAGAUCAAAACAGCCGAAGUGUAUUCCUUCAUUCUCCGAUCUUUCGCCCAGUGCCUCGAGGAGUUUUACGUACCAACUUGACUCGCUCCGAAGCAGAGUCACUCCAGUUCAGUUAGAGUCGGAUCGUCGCGCAGGAAAGACGCAUAUUUGACAACGUCCCUGUACGUGAGUGUAUUUACAACAACACCCCCCAGGAGAAGAAAACGAGAAGCCGUUCUUCUGGAGUGUAGCAAGUUCUUUAAUUGCGAACAACCUACCAUUCACCGUGCCGCUGAACGUACCGUGCUGUGGAAAGAAGUGUAGCAAAACGAAGCAAAGCAAAGUACCAUUUUUGUGCUGUAAGGCUCGCUGCUCCCGAGAAUUAAGAAAACCAGCGAAUGGCCGAGUGAGUGGAGCGAAGUGGUUUAAGACGGUGGAGAAUAACAUGAAAAUUAUAAUAACCUCAAGCUCGAACCGAGUCGUGUGAAAUGAACUGAAUAAUCUAAGCACAAGAAAAUUAUUAUAGUUUCAUGUCGCGGGAGGGAACAGUGCCAAUGAAUGAAGCGGAAAAAAUGAAAUAACAGUGCAGUUGGAAAAAAUAUUAAAAAAUCGUGCUCGUUUGGCGUAAACCCAUCAUCGUUCGGUUCCGUUUCCGUGCUGCUUGGAGCCUGAUUUCGAAAGAAAAAAUCGAUAACACAAUAAGCAAAGCAGAGCACUCUCAGCAGAAGAGUCAAAAGCAGAGCAAAGUUUGAAAAUGUUUAAUUUAUGAUAUUGGAAACCGUAGGCUGCAACGAAGCGUGGUGGUAGAGUUGCACUGUUCGUGCGAAGAUUCGGUGGUGGUUGAAUUAGUGUUGAGAUUUGGGUGAACCUGAUUAGCACGUCAAUCAGCAAACAUGAAGUGUCACAGGACCCUGACUGUGGCGUUGACGCUGCUAGUGCUGUCGGUUGCUGCGGCAUCCGGGUCACAGUGCAGCUGGGAGUACGAGAAGACCAGCGUGACCUGCCGUUUAAGGACGCUGGAACGCACGGGCUUAGAUUUACAGGGCGCUGAGGGUAGCUCCCGGUUAGAUAUCCUUUGCAGUGAAAUGAUCCUUUUUGAAAGUCAAUUGCCCCAAAACUCGUUUCUUCGGCUGUCGAGCUUAAGUGAGUUAAAAGUUGACUCGUGCAAGUUGCUCCAGUUACCAGUUGGGGCUUUCGAGGGGCUGAUUGCGCUUAAGAAACUGAGUGUAAAUACUAAAAACUAUGAAUGGGGAGCUGGAAAAGUGUUGGAACUGCAGAGCUUAUCCAUGCAAGGACUAAAGGAACUGCAGCUGUUGGACUUGAGUGAUAACAACAUCCGAGCCCUACCGGAUGGAUUCUUGUGCCCUUUGAAUAGUUUGAAAGUGCUGAAUUUGACGAACAAUCGAAUUCGAUCGACUGAAAGUUUAGGACUCACGGGAAAAAGUUGCAGUGGUGGUGCGGAAAUACAAACUUUAAACCUGAGCUACAACGAAAUCAUGAAAAUUCCGGAAAAUUGGGGUGUGUCCCGUUUGCGACGAUUGCAGCAUUUGAACCUGGAAUACAAUAAUAUUACCGAAUUGCACGGUGAAGCACUCGCUGGACUCAGCUCGCUAAGGACGCUGAAUCUGAGCUACAAUCAUUUGGAAACAUUACCGGCUGGUUUGCUUGCUGGAUCUCGGGAACUACGAGAGAUCCAUUUGCAAGGUAACUCACUAUACGAGCUUCCCCGAGGCCUUUUCCAUCGGUUAGAACAGCUGCUAGUUUUGGACUUAUCCCGAAAUCAGCUGUCAUCACAUCACGUUGACAACGGCACCUUUUCUGGAUUGAUUCGGUUGGUGGUUUUAAACCUAGCCCACAAUGCCCUAACACGAAUCGAUUCGAAAACAUUCAAGGAAUUGUAUUUCUUGCAAAUUUUGGAUUUACGCAACAACUCAAUCGGAUACAUCGAGGACAAUGCCUUUCUCCCACUGUAUAAUUUGCAUACCUUGAAUUUGGCUGAAAAUCGACUGCACACGCUCGACGAUCGACUAUUCAAUGGAUUGUAUGUGCUUUCAAAAUUAACCUUGAACAACAAUUUGAUCAGCAUCGUGGAGCGCAACGUAUUCAAAAACUGUUCAGAUCUGAAAGAAUUGGAUCUUAGCUCCAAUCAGCUAACGGAAGUGCCACAUGCCAUUCGAGACUUGUCCGUUCUGAGAGCAUUGGAUCUGGGUGAAAACCAAAUCACGUUCAUUGAAAACGGUACAUUCUCAAAUCUGAACCAGCUCACCGGUCUCCGUAUGAUCGAUAAUCAGAUCGAAAAUAUUACUGUCGGCAUGUUUACUGACUUGCCCCGCCUCAGUGUGCUCAAUUUAGCAAAGAAUCGAGUACAAAAUAUCGAGCGUGGGUCAUUCGAUAAAAAUCUGGACAUCGAGGCCAUUCGCUUGGAUGGUAAUUUUCUGACUGAUAUUAACGGCGUGUUCGCCACGCUGUCCUCGCUGCUAUGGUUGAAUCUAGCAGAAAACCAUUUGGUGUGGUUUGACUACGCAUUUAUUCCGAGCAAUCUGAAAUGGCUGGAUAUACAUGGCAAUUAUAUCGAAUCACUGGGAAACUACUACAAACUUCAGGAGGAAAUCAAAGUGAAAACGCUGGACGCAAGCCACAACCGACUGACCGAUAUUGGCCCGAUGAACGUACCGAACAGCAUCGAGUUGCUAUUUGUUAACGAUAACCACAUCAGCACAAUUCAUGCAAACACCUUCAUCGAUAAAAUUAAUUUGGCGCGCGUUGAUCUGUACGCUAAUUCGCUGAAAAAGCUGCAGCUGCAUCAGCUACGAAUUGCGCCACAGCCGGCUGACAAAGCCCUGCCGGAGUUCUAUCUCGGAGGCAACCCGUUUGAGUGUGACUGUUCAAUGGAGUGGAUGCAGCGGGUAAACAACCUAACAGGCCGGCAGCAUCCGAAAAUUAUGGACCUACCGAAUGUAGAAUGUAUCAUGCCUCAUGCCCGAGGAUCUCCAAUUCGGCCGAUCGUGUCACUCAAACCAAAGGAUUUCCUGUGUAAAUAUGAAACGCACUGUUUUGCGUUGUGCCAUUGCUGUGAUUUCGAUGCCUGUGACUGUGAAAUGACCUGUCCGACCAAUUGUACUUGCUAUCACGAUCAAACGUGGGGCACCAAUGUGGUCGAUUGUGGCAACCAGCGGGCCACACUUUCCAAACCGGUUCCUAUGGAUGCUACUGAGGUGUAUCUGGACGGCAACGACUAUCCCGAGUUGCAAAAUCACGCUUUUAUCGGACGUAAAAAUCUGAAAGUGCUGUUUGCCAAUGCAAGCAAGAUUAUCACUAUCCAAAAUCGUACGUUUGCCGGUCUGACCGCACUCCAAGUGCUACAUUUGGAAGAUAACGCUAUCCAAAAGAUUCAUGGUUAUGAGUUUGAAAAUCUCGGACUACUUAAGGAGCUGUAUCUCCAGAACAACAUGAUCUCGGUGAUCGCCAACAACUCAUUUGCACCGCUCUACUCCCUGCAGGUGCUGCGAAUCGAUGGCAACCGGUUGACUACAAUUCCGAUGGCACAGCUACAGGCAACGCAGCUGCAAAGUUUGCAAGCACUGUCCCUCGGUCGCAAUUACUGGAGCUGCCGGUGCCGGUUCAUGCAAGAGCUCACCUCAUUCGUGGCUGACAAUGCGGUCAUUAUUCAAGAUAUGCAGGACAUCUACUGCGUCGAUGAUGGAAUUCAUCGAGAUUUGGACUUUAACGUAACGGCCAGUUGCAGUGAUUAUUAUGCGGGCAGUUCGGUGCUGCCGGAUCGGUUUUCUGAGACUUAUAUUUUCCUGUUGGCCGCAGCGCUGAUAAUUGCCUGCCUCUUGGUGUUUGUGCUGGUGAUGUUUAUUUUCCGUGAGCCGCUUAGAUUCUGGCUGUUUUCGCGUUAUGGGGUACGAGUGUUUGGGCCCCGGUGCGAGGAUUCGGAAAAGUUGUACGAUGCCAUUUUCCUCUACUCGGCCAAAGAUGCUGAAUAUGUGGCACGUAAUAUUGCCUCCGAGUUGGAAAAUGGUCGGCCACCGUUGCGUUUGUGCCUACAGCAUCGUGAUCUUUCGGAAGAUGCAACUCAUUUGCAAUUGCUAGAGGCAUCACGCGCUUCCCGAAGAAUAGUGAUGCUGUUAUCGAGGAAUUUCCUGCAAACUGAAUGGAGCCGAUGUGAACUGAGGCGAGCAGUGCAUGAUGCGUUACGAGGACGGCCACACAAGUUGGUUGUACUCGAAGAAGUUGGCGUGAUUCUGGAAGCGGAAAACGACGUCGAACUAGUUCCUUAUCUCAAAACUGCAACUGUAAAUAGGAUAAAGCGGAGUGAUCGGCAUUUUUGGGAAAAACUUCGAUACGCGCUACCGGUGGAGGCACUCUAUCGAGGCAACAACUACACCAUUGACCAUCACGAACGAGUGAAGCAGACGGCUAACACCGGGGUCAUGUUCCGCCAAGCCCCACCAGCCUACUGUCCGGAGAUCGACGAAGCGAACUAUUCGUCGGCAACAACGGCAACUCCGAGUCCAAGACCCUCGCGAAGGGGAAUGGUAGAGCUCCCUCAGCGACCACCAAGUGAACAUAUCUACUCCAGCAUCGAUUCCGACUACAGCACACUGGAGUGCGAAAACAUGGUUCCUGGAGUGCAUCGGCCGGCGACGUGGCGUACGAUGGGACCUGGAGGUGCUGGCAGCAUGAUGCUAUCCGGACAAAACACCAUGCCGCAUGGCAACCACGUGCAGGCCUAUCUCGUCUAGGGAAGGCUUCGACCGCUAGGGAGCGGUGCAACUACAAUGACACGGGAGCGCAAGAGAAAUAGUCAAGUGAUGUAAUAGUUUCAGUGUAUAUAUUAGUCGUGUACCAUAGCGCUAUGAAUAGAAAUGUAUAACAAUUUGAAAAAAGAAAAACGAGUCUAAAGAAAAAAGAGGAAAAACAAAGUGCUAAAUUAUGUAUAAAGUUUAACUUCGGCAAAAUAGGUCGAUCGUUGUUAAGGGAAAGGCAUACAAGCAACAAACAAAACAAGUGCAGAAGACGAGAGAAGAGAAAAUAUUUGUGAUAUCAUAUUUAAUAAGUUUUAAUUAUAGUGCAACGGAAUGACAACAAAGGAAUAGAUUGAUCGCAAAGAAUAAGAAAAUAUGCCCAACAUGUACGAGAUAUGAAAACAAAAAUGCUACAAAAUUAAUACUACAAAUCUACUAACAACUACCAACAGCAAACCACAAAUCAACUACACACACACAUACACAAAACACCGAGAUAGGAAGAAAAACUAGAUUUUUAAAUCAUGAUAAUUUCACAACCUUUAUAAGGUGAAUCUAAAGAAAAAGAAGAACAGUUGCGUUUUGAUUACAACGUGAACCAAUUAAUAGUUCUAUCAAAUAGUUCCCGCGAAAGAGGUUUUAAAACGAAGCAAAAAAGUAAAUGAAUCAAAAUACAAAAAAAAAAUCACAGCACCAUAAGGUGCUAUGUUGGCUCAUUAAGUUUGAAAGAGUUUUUUUCUCUUGGAGCAUUCUGUGCUUCCACUUUCCGGUUCGAUAUAUGUUUGAGCGUAGCGUAGUUGUUUGUGACGGUGUAGUUUCGUGUAAUUAUUAUUUAAAUUAUUUAUUGCUAUUUAAUUGACGCGUUCUCGUUGUUUUUAAAUUGCUAGCAAAACAAAAUAGUACUGGAAGAUAAUGAAAAAAAAAAAAACACACACA